AUGCCGGACUCACUUAAAUACACUGUCAAGAGUUCAUCCCGCUCUCUACAAGUAGCGGUGAGUACCGAACCAGCAACCAAAGGCCUAUAUCAGUAUCUGGGCAAGUCCGGCCUGAAGGUGUCAAGAGUCAUCCUUGGAACAAUGAGUUUUGGGACGCCAGAAUGGCAAGGUUGGGUUCUUAACGAAGAAGAGUCACUUCCUCUACUGGAAUACGCAUUCAAGGCCGGAAUUCGGACUUGGGACACUGCCGAUCUCUAUUCUCACGGUCAGUCUGAACAGAUUAUCGGCAAAGCCAUCAAGAAGUUCAAUCUUCCUCGAGAAAAACUCGUCAUUCUCACCAAAAUCUUUUUUGGUGUCACCCCUGACACUCCAUCCAAUCAGCCAGGCUCGACUACAGCGAACGAUGGCGAGCUUCUCAAUCAAGUCGGCUUAAGUCGUAAACAUAUUCUCGAUGCUGUCGAUCAGAGCAUUGCGAGACUCGGAACAUAUAUCGAUGUAUUGCAGAUCCAUCGUCUAGAUCGUUCGAUACCAUUCGAGGAGACUAUGCGAGCCCUAAAUGAUGUUGUAGUGUCUGGAAAAGCACGAUAUCUUGGAGCUUCCAGUAUGGCAGCAUGGGAAUUUCAACAGCUACAAAAUAUUGCUGACCGGCAUGGCUGGCAUAAAUUUAUCUCUAUGCAAAACUACCACAACUUGAUCUACAGGGAAGAAGAACACGAAAUGAUUCCAUACUGCAACAACACUGGUAUCGGCCUGAUUCCCUGGUCACCUGUUGCUCGUGGCGCCCUGGCCCGUCCAUGGGGCACCCGAAACACUCUUCGAGAAGAGAAAGAUCCCGGUCUCCAUCUGCUGAUUCGGGGAAGAGAUGAUCAGGUCGAUGAAGCAAUUGUAAAUCGCGUUGAGGAGGUUGCAAAGAAAAUCGGAAAAAGUAUGGCUCAAGUUGCAAUUGCAUGGACUCUGAGCAAAAACAUGUGUCCCAUCGUAGGCCUGAAUAAGAAGGAGAGAAUUGACGAGGCUCUCGAAGCGACCAAGUUUCAGCUGAGCGAGGAGGAUAUCAACUACCUUGAAGAACCAUAUUUGCCCAGGGCGCGAGUUGUACUGUGA